CAGGGCCCUCGGAUGGAGGAGCGAUUGGACGACGCCAUCAAUGUGUUGCGAAAUCACGCCGAGAUCCAAACACUACACUCGCAUUUGCCGUCUCAUCUGCAGCCGUCGAUGCAUCCGAUGGCCGCCUACGGGCAACAGCCGCCACCGCCGCCACUGGCAUCGCACUCGCUGGUGACGUUGCAGAGCCCACAUGUGGGAGUGGAUCCCACAAAGGCGACUGGCCACACGACCUAUGGUGCUGUUCCUGUGCCCGAAUUGCAGCCCAGCCACGAACCAGCACCUCCGACUACCAAGAAACGGAAAGAGAGAGCCGGCGACUCUGGGGUGGACAUCAAGGUUGACCUGGUGACGAGUCCCGUGUCGUCGUCGGGGGCCAUGGGAGCGAGUGGCGGCACUCAGCCGAGGACCAAGCGAUCCCGAAGGACUGAGGAUGAAGAUGAGGAGCCCGGGACCAAGUUUGUGCGCGAGAAAGAGCGCAGACAGGCGAACAAUGCCCGUGAAAGAAUAAGGAUUCGGGAUAUCAACGAGGCGCUGAAGGAGUUGGGACGGAUGUGCAUGACGCACCUCAAGUCGGACAAGCCGCAGACGAAGCUGGGCAUUCUCAACAUGGCUGUAGAGGUCAUCAUGGGGCUCGAGCAGCAAGUCCGGGAGCGAAACCUGAACCCGAAAGCCGCGUGCCUCAAGAGACGGGAGGAAGAAAAGGCGGAGGAGCCAAAGAUGCACCAUUUAGGUGGGCCGCCCGUCGCCAUGCCGCCCUUCCAGGCCCGGGUAUGGCGGCAGCAUUACCUCACGGUCCACCCCAGCAACAGUGAUCGUCAACGAACUUCCGCCUCCACGACGGGAAAAUCAACUUGAGAGAAUGAAUGUGAGAAAGAUUUGAAAGAGAGAUUUGCGAGAAGUCCGGGCUUGAAGAAGACGAAGAAAGACGAUUUGUUGAUCGGAACUGAGCAUCAUCAGGAGAAAAGGAAGAAGACGGAUCGAGUGCAUGUGUGUGCUCACGAUGACGGAAGCCUGCGUCUUGGCUUUUUUUUUGUGUCUUGGUGCAUCAAGAAAAGGCCUCCUUCGACAAGAAAGAAGAGAAAAAACAAAAAGUGGAUUUUUUCGUGGUUCUUUUGCGUUUGUUUGUUUGUUUGUUUGAAUGUGAAGCGAAGAAAUCGACGUUGGACUUGAAAAGAAGAUGCCGUGUGAGAGAGUGAGAGGUUGAAGUUGGCUUCAGAAAAAGUGGUAAAAAGAAAAUGUGGAAUUUUGAGAGAGAAAAGACGAAGAAGAAGAAGAAAAGUGUGGGCGACGUUUUAUUGGCGCGCGAAAGCCAGUCCGGUCGGUUGCUCCAGUUGAAAAUCUUAUUUUGUUUGUUGUUUUUACGGACUUCGUGCUCCGAAAUUUGCGGGGGAAAAGAAAUGGUUGACGGGGA